AUGAAUUCACGAUGUCCUGCUUGCCGAAGGGUUUAUUCUGAGCAGACGAUUGAGUUUACGCCUAUUUCAAAUGAAGAGUUAGCCAGAAUCAAACUUGAAAAGAGACAGAAGGAACGAGAAAAAAAGGAGCUUGAAGCGAUGAAUAGGAAACAUCUAGCCAACAUGAGAGUAGUGCAGAAGAAUCUUGUAUACGUAAUAGGGCUAAGUCCAAAGAUCGCAACAGAGGAGAUAUUGCGAUCACACGAUUACUUUGGUCAGUAUGGCAGGAUUGCUAAGAUUGUCGUUAAUCGACGUAAUACAACAUCAUCUAGCACUCCUGGCGUUCCAGCAACACAACCAAGUGUUGGCGUCUACAUUACGUACCAUCGGAAGGAAGAUGCGGCAAAGGCAAUAGCUGCUGUAGACGGUAGCAUGUCCGAUGGGAAAGUGCUAAGAGCAUCGUACGGUACCACCAAAUACUGUACAAACUAUCUACAAAAUACAAAAUGCCAGAAUCCUACAUGUAUGUAUUUACAUGAACCAGGAGAAGAGGCUGACAGUUAUACAAAGGAAGAUCUGGCUUCAGUUAUGUUUGUGCUCUUGACUGAGUUAUUUGUAUUCAAUUCGUGGAGUAGAAAGUAUCAUUUGAAGGAUCACGUGAAUGACAAAGAUGCUCCCUCGAAGGGACAUGCCAUUGGCAAAGUUGUAUCUGCACCUUCCUCUUCAUUCCAUGUAAAGAAAGAGCCACCUCAUCGAGUAUUCGGACCAGAUCACGAUAAGACUAAUCAUGAUGACAAAGAUGAAGGCAACCUCAGCGCUACCGCCGACAGCCUCAUGGGCCACAAAUUCGAAUAA